AUGUCAUCAGUAGAUUCAACAAUUAUUCGUAUUGUUGAUAAUAUAAAAAAAAGUGAUAGUGACUCAUGGAAUUAUCGUGGAUUAGAACUUUCAAAUGAGAUGCUUGUUGUACUGAUAAGUCAUCCAAAUAUUGAUAAAGCAGCUGCUGCACUUGAUGUUUCAAUCGGUAAUUUAGCUGAUCCAAGAGAUGCUCCUGGUAUUGCUCAUUUUCUUGAACAUAUGCUUUUUAUGGGUAGUUCGAAAUAUCCAGGUGAAGAUGAAUAUUCAAAACUGAUAAAAGGAAAUGGUGGCUAUUUCAAUGCUUUUACUAGUGGUGAUCAUACAAAUUAUUAUUUUGAUAUUAAUCCAAGUUUAUUACCCGAAGCACUUGAUAUUUUUGCACAAUUUUUUAUUUCACCACUUUUUUCUGCAUCAUCUAUCGAUCGAGAAAUAGAAGCAGUUAAUUCUGAAUACGAAGGAAAUUUAUCCGACGAUGGAUGGCGUGUUUAUCAAUUAGAAAAAUCGACAUCAGAUCCUCAACAUCCCUAUUCAGGAUUUGCAAUUGGUAAUAGUCAAUCAUUAAGAACAACACCUAAACAACGUGGUAUUGAUAUUCGACAAGUACUUUUGGAUUUUCAUAAAGCUGAAUAUUCAUCAAAUCGAAUGAGUUUAGCUGUACUUGGCAAUCAAUCACUUGAUGAACUUCAAUCACUUGUUAAGAAAAGUUUUAAUGAUGUUCCAAAUAAAAAAUUAGAACGAGUCAAAUAUCCUGUGGAUCCAUAUGGUGAAAGUAAACGAAAGACAAUUUGUUAUGUUGUUCCUGUUAAAGAAUAUCGUUAUUUAACAAUAAAUUGGGUUAUACCUGAUCAUAAAGAUGUAUAUUAUUGUAAUCCUGAAUCAUAUCUUUCACACUUGAUUGGACAUGAAGGUGAUGGUUCAUUAUUAUCAUAUUUAAAAAAGGUGGGCCUUGCUACUGAAUUGGUAUCUGGAGAAAAAAAUGCUGCACCUGGUUUUAAUUUUUUUUAUGUCUAUUUAGAAUUAACAAUCGAAGGAUUAGGUCGCUGGGAAGAAAUUAUUUAUAUUGUUUAUCAAUAUAUAGCUAUGUUACGAAAAGAAGAACCCAAAAAAUGGAUUUUUAAUGAAUGCAAAAAUUUAAAAGCAAUGCAUUUUCAAUUUCGUGAAAAAGAACCAGCAAAUGAUUUUGUCUCAAGUUUAGCGCGUCAAAUGAGGGAUUAUCCAUUGACUGAAUGUCUUUCUGGAGAUUAUGAAAUGCGUGAAUUUCGUCCAGAUUUAAUAAUUGAAGAACUUAAUGAAUAUUUAAUUCCAAGUAAAAUGCGAGUAUUUCUUGCAAGUAAAGAAUUUACGUCGAUUGCAACAGAAAAAGAAAAAUGGUUUGGUACACAAUAUAAACAAGAACAUUUACCUAAAGAACUUAUUAAACGUUGUGAAAAACUUAUUAAUCCUAGUAGUACUAGCCGGGAUCAUUUUAUGCCGUUCUCUUGUAUACGUAUACAGCGAAAGAAAAAGCCUCGUACUACCCGGGUUAAACGUAGUGAAAGACAUAAACUUAUUCCUGAACUUCAUUUACCAAAACCAAACGAAUUUAUUCCAACUGAUUUUCAAUUAUUUUCAAAAGAAAAACAGUCCGCACGAUCACAACUACCAAUAAAAAUAAAAGAAAAUGAAUUUUGUCGACUUUUUUAUGGUGAAGAUACAUUUUAUAGAUUACCUAAAGCAUAUCUUUAUUUUGAAUUACGAAAUCCCUUGGGAAAUAUAGAUCCCUUGCAUUCUAAUAUGAAUACACUUUAUGUUGAAUUAGUUAAAGACUCUUUAACUGAGAUUGUUUAUCCAGCCCAACUUGGUGGAUUACAUUAUGAAUUAUCUGCUUUAAAUUAUGGUAUACAGUUAACUGUGCAUGGAUUUAAUCAUAGAAUCAAACAAUUACUUGAAACGAUUAUUGAUCGUAUGGUUAAUAUUAAAGUUAAAGGAUCGUUACAAAAUUUUCAUCGCGAUGAUCCUUAUGAAAUGGCACGUUAUGGUGUUAGAUAUUUAAUAGCUGAACACCAAUGGGAUAAAGAUGAAUUACUUAGUUGUAUUGAUAGUAUUACAGCACAUGAUCUAGAUUCAUUUAUAAUACGAAUGUUAACUCGUUUUUUUACGAAUUCAUUAAUGUAUGGAAAUUUAACAAAAGAUCAUGCACUUGAAUAUAUGAAUUUAAUUGAACAAAAAUUUCAAGAAAAACGUUUUUAUCAACCACUUUUUCCCGGUAUGUGGUUUAAUCAACGUGGAUUAAUAUUACCAGAAGGUUGUAAUUAUGCAUAUAAAAUGCUUAAUGAUGCUCAUAAAAUAUAUGCUAUUGAAAUAUAUUUACAAUGUUUUCAACAAACACUUGAAAAUAAUGCUUUACUUGAAUUAUUUAGUCAUGUUGUUCAUGAACGUUGCUUUGAUCAAUUAAGAACAAAAGAACAAUUAGGUUAUAUUGUUAGUUCUGGUGCAUGUCGUUCACUUGGUGGUGUACAAGGUUUUGCAGUUAUUGUACAAUCAGCUAGAAAACUUGAUCAUGUUAAUCAACGUAUUGAAAUAUUUAUUGAUUCGAUAAGAGAUUAUAUUUUGAAUAUGCCUGAUGAUGUAUUUAAAAAACAACGCGAAGGUUAUAUGGUUAAAAAAGUCGAAAUUCCAAAGAAAAUGCAUAGUCAAGGAAAUGAUUUUUGGAAUGAAAUAACCAGUCAUCAAUUUUGUUUCGAUCGACCUCAACUUGAAGUUGAAAUAAUAAAAUCUUUGGAACGUACUGAUUUACUUCGUUUUUAUGAUCAUUAUAUAUCAUUAAAUUCUAUACAUCGUCGUAAAUUAUCUGUUCAUGUUAAUCCAUCUGCAAUAGCAUUACAAGGAACAGAUGAUAAAAAAACUAUUAUUAACGAAGAAAAUGAAUUAGUAGCUAUUACUAAUGAAGAAAAUACUGAAACAAUAAUUGCAGAAGCUGUUGAACAUACAGUUAAAUUAACUAAACAACCGCUUAUUAUCGAUACAAUAACUGAUAAAGAUUCUAAAGAAAAAGAAAAUAUUAUAUCUGAAAAACAAAUUAAUUUACCAAAAGAAGAAUGGAUUGACAAUGUUCAUGUAUGGAAAAGUAAAUUGUUAUGUUAUCCACUUGCUCCAUCGUAUGAAAAAAUUGACAUACCAGUUCUCUAUAAAUUAUAA